AACGGCAGAGGCAGGCGGGCGAGGUCAAGAUGGUGGCUCCGCGGGCGGGGGAGGCGGUGGAGGGAGGAGGAGCCAGACCAUAGCCAGCCGGAAACACCGACACCCAGAGGCCUCCCAGGGAGCCGCCGCCGCCGCCUCAGCUGCCGCCGCCUCCGCCGCCUGCUCCAGCUCGAGAGACGCGAGCGGGCGGCGGGGCGGGGCGGGCGGUGGGAAACACGGAGAGGCGGGAGGGCGGGGGCGGAGUCACCCGCCUUAGCUCCCGCCCCCGGCCGCGGUCCCCGGCCCUGCCCCGCGCGGCCCUGCCCGGCCCAGCCCCGGUGUGGCAGCGGCUCAUGGCGGCGGUGGGGUCCCCGCAGCAGCAGGUGCGGAUGGCCCAUCAGCAGGUCUGGGCGGCGCUCGAAGUGGCGCUCCGGGUGCCCUGCCUCUACAUCAUCGACGCCAUCUUCAACUCCUAUUACGAUUCCAGCCAAAGCCGGUUCUGCAUCGGACUCCAGAUCUUCCUCCGGCUCCUUGGUAUAUUUGUAUCCAGUGUUGUUCUAAUCUUGUCACAGCGAUCACUUUUCAAGUUUUACAUGUACAGCUCAGCCUUUCUGUUAGCUGCAACCUCAGUGUUGGUGAAUUAUUAUGCUUCUUUGCACAUUGACUUCUAUGGUGCCUACAACACAUCAGCUUUCGGAAUUGAGCUACUUCCUCGAAAAGGGCCCUCACUAUGGAUGGCACUCAUCGUUCUACAGCUAACAUUUGGAAUUGGAUACAUUACGCUACUCCAAAUUCAUUCCAUCUAUUCACAAUUAAUUAUUUUGGAUCUCUUGGUUCCUGUAAUAGGCUUAAUCACAGAGCUACCACUACACAUCAGAGAGGCUUUAGUUUUUAUGUCUUCCUUGAUUCUUACAUUAACAACAGUGCUUGUAUUGGUUGUGAAACUUAAGUGGUUUUAUUAUUCCACACGAUAUGUCUAUCUUUUAGUGAGGCACAUGUAUCGGAUUUAUGGAUUACAGUUAUUAAUGGAGGACACAUGGAAGAGGAUUCGUUUCCCAGAUAUACUGCGAGUCUUUUGGCUAACAAGAAUUACAGCACAGGCUACGGUGUUAACAUACAUUUUAAGGAUGGCAAAUGAAACUGAUUCCUUCUUUAUUUCUUGGGAUGAUUUCUGGGACCUCAUUUGCAAUCUUAUAAUUAGUGGAUGUGAUUCUACACUAACUGUUCUGGGCAUGAGUGCUGUGAUUUCUUCAAUAUCCCAUUAUUUGGGGCUUGGUAUAUUGGCCUUUAUUGGAUCAACUGAAGAAGAUGACAGGAGGCUUGGCUUUGUAGCACCUGUUUUAUUUUUUAUUUUGGCUCUUCAGACUGGUUUAAGUGGGUUAAGACCAGAAGAGAGACUUAUUCGUUUAAGUAGAAACAUGUGCCUUUUACUAACUGCAGUCCUGCAUUUUAUCCAUGGAAUGACAGACCCUGUGUUAAUGUCUCUCAGUGCCUCUCAUGUGUCAUCUUUUCGUAGACAUUUUCCUGUGCUGUUUGUCUCUGCUUGCCUGUUUAUUCUUCCUGUUUUACUCAGUUAUGUUCUUUGGCAUCAUUAUGCACUAAAUACAUGGUUGUUUGCAGUUACAGCCUUUUGUGUGGAACUCUGUUUAAAAGUAAUUGUUUCUCUUACUGUUUAUACAUUAUUCAUGAUUGAUGGUUACUACAAUGUCCUCUGGGAAAAGCUUGAUGAUUACGUCUACUAUGUUCGUUCAACAGGCAAUAUUAUUGAAUUUAUAUUUGGAGUAGUAAUGUUUGGAAAUGGGGCUUAUACUAUGAUGUUUGAGUCAGGAAGUAAAAUUCGGGCUUGUAUGAUGUGCCUACAUGCAUAUUUUAACAUCUACUUACAAGCAAAAAAUGGCUGGAAGACAUUCAUGAAUCGUAGGACAGCUGUUAAGAAGAUUAAUUCACUUCCCGAAAUAAAAGGCAGACAAUUACAAGAAAUUGAUGAUGUAUGUGCAAUCUGCUAUCAUGAGUUUACAACAUCUGCUCGUAUUACACCAUGUAACCAUUAUUUCCAUGCACUCUGCCUUCGGAAGUGGCUGUACAUUCAAGAUACUUGUCCUAUGUGCCAUCAAAAAGUAUACAUUGAAGAUGAUGUCAAGGAUAAUUCAAAUACAUCUAACAACAAUGGAUUUAUUGCACCAAAUGAAAAUCCAGAGGAAGCUAUCAGAGAAGCUGCUGCUGAAUCUGACAGGGAAUUGAACGAAGAUGACAGUACAGAUUGUGAUGAUGAUGUUCAAAGAGAAAGAAAUGGAGUGAUCCAGCACACAGGCACAGCAGCUGAAGAAUUCAUUAAUGAUGAUACUGACUGAUUAAAAUAGCAUUUACUAAUCAUUGAGGUAUCUGUUUAAAGUUCAGUUCAUCCAAAAUGAAGUAACAUGCUUCACUUCAGUGUGUAACCAAGCACAAAAACAGUAUCAAUGUUCAAUUUGUGAAUGGUUUUCCGUUUACUGUGAUGUGCUACUGUAAAUAUACCUCUUUAAUUACUUCUGGUCUCUUUGGUGACCUAUUUAAAUUUGUGUACAUUAUUGUACAUAGAAUAAAAUGUUUUCACGUUUUAUGACAAAAUUUGAACAAACAGCUUUUUAAUAGACGUAAAGAUAAUACGGUGCGUCAGCUGUGCCAAAGAUUCCUCAAUGAAAGUAUAUAAUGUAUUCAACUCUGGACCCUAUUUUUUCUUUUGGGUGGGAGAAUGAAAAUGCAUAUCAGAGGAAACCAUAUUAAAGUCAAGGAAAUAAUUUGGACCAGGGGUAAAGGCUAUAUAUGUAGUACUUUAAAACCAAGGGAAAAACUUAGCCUAUCAGAAUCUUUGAGAAACUUGAAAUUUCAGAGUAGCAGUACAGUUGUGCUGUUUCAAAAGUCAUGACUCAGAGAGUCUGUAGAAUUGAAGGCUUAUAUUAACUAAACUUUAGUAUAAACCAGAAUGUGCUAAUUGUUUAAUUUAAUAUAAAAGCAGUGUUUUUUUUUAGUUAUUCUGUGUUUGCAGUGGUGACAUAAAUUUUCCUUUCAGACUUUUGAAGAAAUAGCAAAAUGAAAAUAGUUGGGGUUUUUGUUGUUUUAAACUAAGGCAUUAAGUCAUGCAGAGAAUCCUGAGCUGACUUCAUGGGUAAAAACCAGAGAGUAUAGUGUGCAGUGUAUAAUACCUCUGUAGACAACUUCUAGAUAAUUCCUUUAUUGAAACUCUUGGUAAGUUUACCAUGAAAUUUUACAUACAUGAUGGAAAAUGGAAGACACAUACCAAUUACAUAUCAGGAAAAAACAUUUUAAUGGUGUUAUUAUACAGUGUAUUGGCUAAUUCCAGUGGAUCCUCAUCUUUUACUGCUGACAUUAUCUCCAGUAUCUGACUAAAAUAAACAAACAAAAAAUAGACUGUUAAAUAUCCAAGGUACAUAUGGCUUUAAAGGUAUAAUUAUCUUUUUUUUUUUUAACAGAAAGGAAGAAAAUGUACUAGUACCUUUAACAAUAAGCAAAGCUUAACAGAUACUAAAAAACAAUUUCAGCAACUUAAUACUGGUAGGAUAUGUAAAAUAGAGUAAUUAGAGGCAAAUUUCUAGGGCUUUCUUGUAUCAACUAGAGCCAAAAACAAGGUUCAAAUAAAUUAUAAAAACUGUCUUCAA